AAGAAAGGCUUGAAGAAUGACAUCGGUUCAUUUUAACCCUGGAUCAGAUUCCAAAGGAGUUAAUGGUUCUACUGGAAAGGAGGAUGCUCAAGUCACAAUUGAUGAUGGCAAGGAGGAGAGUGACGUGCCAGACACCAUGUAUUACCAAAUCCGAAAGAGGAUAGCUCCAUUUGUGAUGUCAUUUGGGUUUCGUGUCUUUGGCCUGGUACUCAUUAUAGUGGAUAUCAUUUUGGUCAUCGCUGACUUGGCCCUCCUCCACCGGAGCCGUGAGGUGGGCAAUGCGUUAGAGGCUGUUUCUCUGGUCAUCUCCCUCUUCUUCCUGGUGGAUGUGCUGCUGAGAGUCUACGUGGAAGGAUUCAAAGUUUACUUCAGCUCCAAGCUAAACAUUGUUGACGCCUGCAUUGUGGUUGUUACCUUGGUGAUUACGAUGAUCUACACAUUCUCUGACCUCUCAGGGACCAGCCUUAUUCCGAGGGUGUUCACCUUCCUAAGAGCUUUGAGAAUCAUCAUUCUAGUGCGAAUCUUCAGGCUGGCCUCUCAGAAGAAGGAGCUCGAGAAGGUUACCAGGAGAAUGGUGUCGGAGAACAAACGGCGGUACCAAAAGGACGGCUUUGAUCUGGACCUCACGUACGUCACAGACAGGGUGAUUGCUAUGUCCUUCCCGUCCUCAGGGAAGCAGGCUCUCUACAGGAAUCCAAUCAGAGAGGUAGUCAGGUUCUUGGAUACGAAACACCUAGAUCACUAUAAAGUGUACAAUCUCUGCAGUGAAAAGGGCUAUGAUCCAAAAUUCUUCCACUACAGGGUGGAGCGCAUUUUCAUUGAUGAUCACAAUGUUCCGUCACUGGAUGACAUGCUGAGGUACACAGCCAAUGUGAGAGAGUGGAUGUCUGCAGACUCUAGGAAUGUCAUUGCCAUCCACUGUAAAGGAGGAAAAGGGCGCACAGGCACUAUGGUAUGCACGUGGCUCAUCGACAGUGACCAGUUUGAGAGUGCUAAGGACAGCCUUGAUUACUUCGGGGAGAGACGGACAGACAAAAGCAUGAGCUCCAAGUUCCAAGGGGUGGAAACUCCCUCCCAGAGCAGGUAUGUUGGUUACUAUGAGAUCAUGAAGAAUAAAUAUAACCGCCAGCUGCCUCCACCAAAGACCCUAAAAAUAAAGAGCAUUCGCAUCCACUCCAUCUCCGGUGUGGGGAAAGGCGAUGGCAGUGACCUUAGAGUUAAAAUCUUUGUGAGGAGGGAACUGGUGUUCCAGUGUGUCUGUGCCAAGCAGGAGAAAUGUGCUGUGUUUCCAGAUGCUGGCAACAAUGCUGUAGUCAUCAGUUUACAGGAGGGGCCGGUCGUUUGCGGGGACGUGAAAGUCAUGUUUGAGUCCAGCGCUGGUCUUCCAAAGGGGUAUGAGAACUGCGCAUUCUAUCUCUGGUUUAACACCUCAUUUGUAGAGAAUAACAGGCUUUGUCUACCAAGAGAUGAAUUAGACAAUCCACACAAACCCAAGACCUGGGACAUCUAUAAGGAGGAUUUUGGCAUCACCUUUUCGUUCAGUGAACCGUGACUCCUGCAGUGCCGAGAUGUGGAGAGAGGACUCUUUCAUGCCCAUCUGUCCAGAUGUUUUACUUGACGCAUUCUUGCACUGAGUCAAAUUUCGC